AUGUGGCGGCUCACCCCCUCCGACAAUCACAAGUUGGCGGCGGUGACAUCAGCAGGUCCAACUGUGAACACACACACCGACGUCCGCGAGCAUCCAGCGUCGGGCGGCGUCACUCAAGCCGUUGAUAGCAAGGAGAUGGACGCCGAUAUCUCGCGCAAGAUCAAGCUGUGGGGUGUUAUCGAAGCCUUCCGUGACGGAAAAUACCCAGACAAUGACCAGAUUGAGAGUACCCUGUCGUACGCUCAGGCCAAUGCCGGCUUUGACAUCAAUAAGCUGUCGCCCGACGGCAAAAUCCUGAUUACGGAUAUCAGAGACAUGAUCGGCACUCUACGCGACGUUGUCCGCUCCAAGAACGGAGAUGAGCUUAUUCAGAAAACGUUGUGGCACUCGAAACAGGUCGACCUUUCCCACGCCAAGCAGCAAGGUGUCAAUCCAACCAGCAAGGCCGACGCUCAGGCUGACGGGGACGAAGCGGCGAAGCACAUUCGUGUUCUUGCCAGUCUGUUCUUGACCAACGGCGAGGUUCGCAAACUCGUUUCGGACUUGGGCCUGAUUGGCCGCGAGCUCCUCUCCAACGCUGCUGUCAAGGUUGCCGACGCCUCUCGUCCCAGUCAGGAGCAAAUGGGGCAGGUCGACAACCCCGCCCAAGCCAACACCUUCAUUGGACCCGACGGCCAGACUCUGGGGCCCAACGACUCCCCUCAGCUCGCGGUCAAGGGCCCCGACGGCACCCAGAUCCGGUACGACCCAAAGCAUCCUCCCAGCCAGGCUCAAAUCCACGAUGGACAGGGCAACGUCACGACCGCCGGCGAGGCAUACACUCAGUACCAGGACACGAAGCAGCAACUCAAGGACCAGGCCGCACAGGCUGCCACGGACCCCCAGUCCGCCUCUCAGUCCGCGUCGCAGGACCCGAACGUCGCCCAGGCAAAGCAGACUGCUCAAUACCAUGCGUCUGCAAUUGACCAGCACCGGGACCCCAACGCGUCGUACACCACUCAGGCCCGUCAGGUUCGUGAUGGUGCUAUCCAGCACCUCGAUCAGGACCCCCAGGCGCGAGACGCAAAGGACCAAGCCAAAGGCCACGCAAACAGGCUGUCCAACAAGAUUCCCGAGCAACACCGUCAGCGCGCUGCCGAGGCCUGGAGCGAGACUACCAGCCUGAUCGAUGACGCCUUCCCGGAAGAACGCCGCGACCAGUUCAUCUACCGUCUCAAAAAGGUGCUGUACGAGGUGCAGCAGCACAAAGACUAUAACGAGGCCAUGUCUUGGCUUCUUGACACUGCCGAAAAGUACAACUCGCAUGCCGAGCACGUUAUCGGCAAGGGUGUCGAUGCGCACCAGGAGGCUUCCCGGAACAAACAUGCCACUGGUACUGUCCAGAGCUGGAUCACCAUCUUUGAGCGCUUCGCCAACGGUCGUUCGCUCGAGCCGGUCCAGAACGCUGCCGACCAGAUGUACACCGACGCCAACAAUGAUCCCGAGCUCAGGCAAUGGUGGAAGGCCGCCGAUGACUACGUCCACCGCGUGCUCCUCGAACCUGGCUACGUCAUGGACGAAGAGUGCGACCAGGAGGGAGAGCAGCUCAAGCGCGUUGCCAGCUCAUGGUUUGGCGAGAACGGCAGAUACAAGGCCCACUGGGACAACCUCUGGGACCAACUUUCCAAUUGGUUCAAGGCCUUCCACGAGGACGAACUAAACCGCCAGUUUGGUGACGAUUGGAAGCGGCUUACGCAACACCUGGUCUACGACGAGGACGGCAAGUUUACGUUCAAGCCUCAUCUCUGGAACGACAUUCGUCGCGUCAUUCUUCCCGCGGCUAUCCGCAACAUUGGAUACAUUCCUAUCCCGCGUGCAGAGUUGAUUGACGAAAAGCUCGACCUGACGGUUGAGGGGGUCACCUUGUCGGGUCCCAACUUGUUCCCCAACGUGAUCAACUUUGAGAGCGUCAACAAGUUCAAGUUCUCGCCAUUUGACAGCAUCCCGGACAAGAGCUACCACCGCAUCCACAUUGGCAUGUCGCAGAUCCAGGCCGACAUCAAGGAUGUGCGCUUCGCGUUCCGCAAGAAGAGCGGUUUCCCCAAGAUCUCCGACCGCGGUCUUGCCGAUGUGACAAUUGCCCGCCAAGGUAUCACCGUUGCUGUGGAGAUUGAGACCGUCGACCGCCGCGACUCGUUCUUCCGUGUCCGCAGCGUCAACACCAGCAUCGACCAGCUGUCAUUCAAGAUCCGCGAGAGCAAGCACGACCUGCUCUACAAGUUUAUCAAGCCGGCGGCUGUCAAGAUCAUCAAGCAGGCCAUCACCCAGGCCGUUGAGAGCUCGAUCCGCUCGGGCCUCGAGUACCUCGAUGACGAACUUGUUGGGGUCCGCAACCGCAUGGAGGAGGCCAAGUCUUCAGAGGACACAACCCGUACGCAGGCCCUCAAGGACAUGUUCGCGCGCAAGAAGGCUGUCGCCGAGGAAAAGAAGGCCGACGCAGAGGAGAAGGUGGCCGAGCGCGGUACCGACUUCCACUUCGUCAUCGACCGCAAGGAUGAGAAGCUCGGCGACAUGAUGAAGGAGGUCCCAGGUUCUGUCACCGAGCGCCUCUGGAAGACAGAGGAUGCAGCCAUGUCUGGCACUGACUGGAAGUCGCCUGCCUUCUCGAUCGUCGACCACCGCCACCCCGCCACCACGGGCGAACACCACCCGCACGCCACUCCCGGCGCUGCCGCCGGUAAGAGCUUGACCGCUGGCAUCACUGGAAACGAGCACAACAAUGCCGCUGCCACUGGUGCCCCAGUCGCUGCUGGUGGUGUUCCGGUCGCUGCCGCUAGUGUCCCAGGCCAACAGGCUCGUGCCCCCGCCCAGCAGACUCCUGCCUCCCCCACUAGCCGCGGCCCUCCGGGUAGUACCACUCAGCACGGCGGUGCCACCUCGGUGUCUCCUGCUGCCGCCCACACUGCGACGACCCCCCAGAGUGCUGUGGGCGCUGCCCGCGGUGCACCCACCAGCGCUUCGGCGCAGCCUGCUGGCUUUGCGUCCCCAGCGGUUGGCGGUGUUGCCAGCAACACCACGAGACAGAACGAUGGCUUCAUUCAGCCCAACCAGCAGACGCAGGCCGGUACCCUCUCCGGUCAGCACACCCAUGCGGGUACGCUCACUGGUCAGCACACUCAGGCCAGCACACUCCCCGGUCAGCACACUCAGGCGGGUACGCUCCCGGGUCAGCACACCCAGCCGGGUACGCUCCCGGGCCAGCAGACCGAGGCUCAAAAGCUGGCCAGCGACGUCCAGCAGCAACUGCCGCCAACGCACCGGGCACUGUAA